AUGGCCCAAGGUUUGAAUCUCAAGGAAUUACCGGUCGCCGAAGGAGCCGAAUUCGGAACAUAUAUGGAUCAACAUGAGGAAGGGUGUCUCCCUGGGACCAGAGAGGAGCUUCUUCGCGAGAUUGAUGAGUGGGCUGUCUUACCACAAAGCAGAUGUAUAUUCUGGCUCAAUGGUUCUGCUGGGACUGGCAAGUCCACAAUAUCACGAACUGUGGCAAACUUCUUCUUCAAGAGAGGUGAAGGAGGCCGUGGUAAUGCAACAAGAUUCUUUCCAACAAUCGCAAGGCAGCUAUUCACACAAAUUGCAGAAAUCCAGCCUGUGAUUAUGCAUGUACUGAACGACGACUUCGACAAAUUAAUUCUCCAGCCACUGCUAAACUUUAAGAAAUCGAAUACUCCGGGCCGAGUCUUGAAUGACAGUAACAUCCAACAAGCUCGCUUGGUUCAAUUGCGAGUCUUUCAUGAAGUCGGAGAUGAUCACCAAGACUUUAUCCUUCAUCAAAUCCCUAGUCCCAUAAUAAAACGUGAUAUCUCUCUGUUCCUUGAACACAAGCUUGCGAAAAUUCGGAAAGAGCGAUCACUUCAACCGGACUGGCCGGGAGCCACCAAGACACAGAGGCUGAUCACAAUGUCUGUUCCCCUAUUCAUCUUUGCCGCUACUAUCUGCCAGGGCAGUCUUUCAGAAAUCCUCGACCAUCAAAAUGACACAUCAAAACUAAAUGGGACAUACCUUCCAGUACUAGAUCGUCUUCUUGUCGGACAAGAGUACCGUAUGGUCCUUGGAACAAUCAUUCUUCUUGAAAGUCCACUCUCGCUCCAUGCACUUGCAAAUUUCCUUGGGCGCCCAGAAAGCUUUCUUGAUACCAGAUUGAACUCGCUUCAUUCGGUUCUUGACAUACCGCAUAACAAGAUGUUACCAAUUAGGGCUUUUCAUCUGUCACUACGUGACUUCCUUGUUAAUGCUGACACUUGUGAAAAUACACCAUUAUGGAUUGAUGAGAAGGAAAUAAACCAAGAUCUAACAGCCCGUUGCCUUCAUGUGAUGAAUCAGAACUUGAAAAAGAAUAUAUGCAAUCUCCCAAGCUAUGGAACAGUGCGCAUGACAAUCAGCCGCCAACAUAUAAGCGACCGGUUGCCACCAGAGCUGCAGUAUUCAUGUCGGUAUUGGACCCACCAUUUAACCCAUAGUAGGGAUGCAAUUAGCUGGAGUGAUAAGAUCUUGGCGUUUCUAAAUGACCAUUUUCUUCAUUGGGUGGAAGUAAUGAGUUUAUUAGACGCUAUUUCAGAGGCUCUGCAAAGUAUCAAUACUUUAAAGUUAGCAAUGCAAGGCAGGAAAGAUUCUGAGAUAAACAAAUUUCUAUGUGAUGCGGAGCGGUUCAUUCUAAAGAAUAGCCAGAUGGUAGAUGUUGCUCCUCUUCAGCUCUAUGUACAAACAUGCCCAAGAGUAGAGGAUACAUGGAGCCCAGAGUUACGGACAUUAGAAGGCCAUUCCAGGAUAGUCCGGUCGGUGACCUUCUCGCCCGAUGGUCAGCAACUGGCCUCUGGCUCCGAUGACAAGACUAUCAAGAUCUGGGAUCCCGCCACGGGCCAUCUGAGGCAUACACUGGAAGGCCAUUCCAGUUCAGUCAAGUCAGUGGCCUUCUCGCCUGAUAAUCAGCAACUGGCCUCUGGCUCUAAUGACAAGACCAUCAAAAUCUGGAAUCCCGCCACGGGCUAUCUAAGGCAUACACUGGAAGGUCAUUCCAAUUUAGUCUGGUCAGUGGCCUUCUCGCCCGAUGGUCAGCAACUAGCCUCUGGCUCCUUUGACAAUACCAUUAAGAUCUGGAAUCCUAUCACAGGCCAUCUGAGAUAUACACUAGAAGGCUAUUCUAGUAGAGUCUGGUCAGUAGCCUUCUCGCCUGAUAGUCAGCAACUAGCCUCUGGCUCCUUGGACAAGACCAUCAAGACCUGGGAUCUUACCACGGGCUAUCUGAGGCAUGCACUGGAAGACCAUUCUAGUAGAGUUGAGUCAGUGGCCUUCUCGCCUGAUGGUCAGCAACUAGCCUCUGGCUCCGAUGACAAGACUAUCAAGAUCUGGGAUCCAACCACGGGCCAUCUGAGGCAUACACUGGAAGACCAUUCCAGUUCACAACUGGCCUCUGGCUCCUUCGACAAGACCAUCAAGAUUUGGGAUCCCACCACGGGCCAUCUGAGGCGUACACUGGAAGGCCAUUUCAGUUUAGUCGAGUCAGUGGCCUUCUCGCCUGAUAGUCAGCAACUGGCCUCUGGCUCCGAUGAAAACACUAUUAAGAUCUGGGAUCCUGCCACGGGCUAUUUGAGGCAUACACUGGAAGACCAUUCUAGUAAAGUUGAGUCAGUGGCCUUCUCGCCUGAUGGUCAGCAACUAGCCUCUGGCUCCGAUGACAAGACCAUCAAGAUCUGGGAUCCUGCCACGAGCCAUCUGAGACGUACACUGGAAGGUCAUUUUAGUAGAGUUUGUCAACAACUAGCCUCUGGCUCCUUUGACAAGACUAUCAAGAUCUGGGAUCCCACCACAGGCUAUCUGAGAUAUACACUAGAAGGUCAUUUUAGUUCAGUCUGGUCAGUAGCCUUCUCGCCUGAUAGUCAGCAACUAGCCUCUGGCUCCUUGGACAAGACUAUCAAGAUCUGGGAUCCAAUCACGGGUCAUCUGAGGCAUACACUGGAAGGCCAUUCUAGUUCAGUCUGGUCGAUGGCCUUCUCGCCUGAUAGUCAGCAAUUAGCUUCUGGCUCCGAGGACAAGACCAUCAAGAUCUGGGAUCCCGCCACGGGCCAGCUCGGCGAGACACUGGACACAAUGGGUAUACUGGUUGUUGAGAUAUAUAAGUAUCAAAAUAGUCAUUUUAUAUGCAAUACAGGGUGGGCGGCUCGGUCGUGGUGGGCGACUCGGUUGGGAAAUACGUUAGCCUGCGGUGUCUUUGAUGACUCAGCACCCGCAGGUAUUGGCAGAUAG